UCUCGAAUCACUCCUCCACAAAUAUCAUCUUAGUUGGAACACCGUCCGAAGGCCUUCUUGGCUUGGUGCUCUCAGCACCAGCCUUGUCGGCCUCAUGGUACCUUUCAGUAGGGUGCUCAAGGCCGCAGCCGGUGUGAUGGUGCUGGCGACGGUCACCGUCAUGGUGCUCGAGAUCCUGGAGCUAUCUCACGGCGGGUGGGGAGGAGGAAAGAGCGGUGGCGGCCGUGAUGGCGCUCUGCAACACCGGGAAGACUUCAUGAUCAACCCGGUCACUCUGCUGCCGAACGAGUGGAGGGUGAAGACGGAGGACGGAGUACACGUUGCCGAGCUCAGCGAUGACAUCGGAACCCGGUCGGUGCACAACGGUGUCCACCAGCGAGAACGCCAGCUGUGGCUGGAAACGCGCGCGAAGGACAUCCGGGAGGGAAGGACGGGCACGGGAAGCAGCAAGAGCGUCGACGAGGAGAGCGGUAGCAACGCAAUCAGCGACAGCGGGGCGCAGGGUCGAGAAUCAGGAUCAUCGGCUGCAACAGCGAGAGCGGCAGACGGCGGCGGCGGCGGUCAUGACGAGAAGGAAGAGGGCACGGCGGCGGCGGCGGCGACGCAGAUGGGAACGGCGGAAGAGGCGCGAUUGUCAGCGAGUGCUGCUGCCGAUGGGAUUAGAGAGGGUGACGAGACUGCUACUGGUGGUGGUGACCCUGCCGUCAGUGGUGGUGAUGGCAACGACGCGCGAGGUUCACGCCGCCGAGCGAACAGCAGCAGCAGGAGCAGCAGCAGCGGUCCGAACCGGUCGCUGCAGAGGGGCAGGGGCGGUGACGUCCACCGGGAGAACGACGUAACGCCUGGGGGCCCCGGCGUUGGACGGGGGGGAGGGGGAGAAGAAAAACAACCAUUGGAGGGAGGCAAGGGAGAGGGGGGCUUUCGUGCACUGGGGGACGAACCCCCGCCGGGGCAGGGGGACAUGGAGGGGGGAGAAGUUGCUGCUUUCGAGCCGCUGCCGCUGGAAGAACGGCUGAGCCGGCUUGAGACGGGCGUCGAGCUCUGGGGCGCGACGUACGUGCCGCCGAUCGCGCCGAAGGAGAUGCGGAGGCUGACGGAAAAGUGGACCGCCGUCGGCGCGGUCUCCGGCGCUGCCGCCGCCGCCGCCGCUAGGGGCGACAGCAACAAAGACAACAAUGCGUCGACGACGGCUGCUCCCGAUCAGGUUGAAAUGCCAAGCAUCCUGUUCGUCGUUACCUCGUUCGACCGCGGGCGGAGGCUUGGGCUCAGGAGGAAGGGCGUGGACAAGCUGGACUACGUGUUGAUGAUCAUGGACGAGAUCAGAGGGGCUUGCGAGGCGGGUUUUUCACCGCACGUGCACCUGAUAUCAGCUUGGGAAGCGCAGCCGGAGCUUGAGCUUUUCACGGACCGGCUGUUGUGCCGCAAAAUAGGGGGGCCCGUGACGCUGACCCUGGAGAAGCACCCCCCGAGCAUAAAGGAGACGCUGAGCAUCAAGCACCGAAUCUAUAUGAAGCCGAGAGUCAGGGAGUACGACUUGUUCGUUCAGCUGGAGGACGACAUGAUCUUGACGGUGAACCACAUCCUCACCUACCUGGAAGAGUCGGAGAAACUCUCGCUCAGGAACAUCGGUAGCAGGCCGGGCGCAAUGCCCAUGCACGACUACAUGCCGGGAUUCAUUCGCGUUGAGCCGAAGCCAGGGGCGACCGGGGUAGGGGGCGAAUGGUUCGAGUGGGAGAUCAUCCUCAGCAGGUUUCGGGGAGUGCACGUGGUGGGAGCAGGCACGUACCUGGGCCUUGAGAAGUCGAGGGUGCUGCCGAUCAGCGGAAACAACCAGGGCUUUUGGAUGGCGACACAGGAGCAGCUCAAGUACCUCUGUCGGCAGUGCCAGUACCUCAGGUACGCCGAACAGUCGUCCGAUCCCUUCGUGGAGAAGUUCAGCGGCAGCCUCGAGAUGUUUUCCCCGCCGUGCCACACAACCAAGGUGUUCCCCGCGGAGCGUUUCGAGAAUCUUCUUGUGCACCACCGGACCAACAACAAGAACGGACAGAGGGGAGAAUCAGUCCCAGCUGUGCCCGUCAGCAUGCUCCGGCUGUGGGCGGCCCAGGUGGUGCGGGACGGUGAGAUGUUGAUGGAGGUCGGGCAAACCGGCCGACGAUGACCAAGCUGUAUGGUAACCGUGGUAGUACCGUACCGUAGUACCAUGGUAUCUACCAUGGGUCUGUAUGGUCCUAUGGUACCGUUUGUGUUGGCGCCUUCACACGUCGCCUGUGGCCCGACAACCAAGCUGCUGGUCGAGGGAGGGUGAUACCAGGCCGCCGACAAUCCAAAUUUCUUCCUCGGAAAAAAACAGGCGAAGAGAGAUACGGUAACAGCACCAUCCCUAAAACCGUCAUUCGCUGUCGCGUGCGCGCACACGCACACUUUUCCAAGUGUUGCCUGUAUACAGGGAUCGUGUGUAAGGAUUUGACGGGGGAAAAAAAAUCGUAGGUUUUCAUACCUCUCAUUUGUCUUGAUUGAUCGUGCUUUUUUUGUCGUUGUGUUUCACCAUUUAUAGUGGUGAUGUUUUCGAUAAGGUACAGAGUUGGAUCACGAGAGGCGUCGACGGAAUCGGUAGAAUGCGUGUGUGCGUUUAGGAUGCGCGGAGGGCCGGAACACCAGCCGCUGAUAGCCCUCCCCACCCCCUACCCCCGUCUGACUGUGUACAAUACGUUGAGAGCUCGAUAACACACGUCGGUAACGGGGGUGGAAGGAGGAAAGGAGGGAAACUCCGCGAGCUUGAGUGUCAGUCUACAUUGACAUUGCGUUGUGACUUGCCUUGGUAUGUAUGUUCUACAUGCAUGAGGUGGGCUGCCCCUUUCUAACAGGUGCAGAAACGUCCCAUGUGGAUUUCAGAUUUGCCGCACAUCAUCUGGAGAGAGGGGCGGGGGGUAAUUUGUUACAAUGUUCAUCAAUUAUCGGGGCGACGGGGUUUACAUGUGUGCGUGUUUCGUUGUCGUUCUUUCUCUGCGUGUAUGCUAGUGGUUUUUGGUUUUGUCGUGGGCUUGUUUUCAAGUUUCGUGUACGAGGGGGCGGGGUUUCUUCUGAUGAUACACCGCGCAUCAUGACACUUCAUGAAACGGAGCUCUGCUGCUGUAUGGGGUUUUCACCUCAUGGGCAGGCGCCACACCGAGGGCUCGUGUGAAGGGGUGGCGGGGGGUGGGGCGGGGCCGACCAUGUUGUCGACCGAGCCCCUCCGAAAGACAGCAGAGAACCUGAACUGUCACUGGACAGAAGUCGACACACAGCAGCUGUACGUAGAUAUCGUUUCACACACUCGAACGAGUUGACGUAGGCUUGUCUCUCGGUUGGCGUAUUGUGUUCGUGUCUCCCUGAUCAUUGGUGUGUUCCGCAGACGGAUGUGGGAUGUGCGUUCCUUUCCCAGUACCUAUCGAUCGGGUCGCUUGUACCCUGUGUUUUGUUGUGGUGGGUGGUCAUUUCGUUGUCUACUGUUGUUGGUAGGAGUUUCUGUCGUUGCUUUUUGCGUUAUUCCUGCUGUCGAGUGGUGCGUGGAAAGUCAGGCCGAGGAAAACCUAGCGGGUCUGGAUGCGAAUGCCGCAGUCCCACUCCUGCUGUGGUUUUCUUUAUGUUUUUCUGUUCCAAGCACACCCUCCGCUCGGAACGAACACGUUGUGGGUGAGCUAAGGUCGUGGUCAUGGUGGUAGUUUGUGCAUUGGCAAGCUGGAUUAUAUUAGUAAGCAAAUGCCGUGCGCGGUCGGUUUUGAUCUGCCCAUCAUCGUUGAAAGGUUCGUGGUGGAAGUGCCCCGCUCGUGCAUUGUUGUCCUACGUGUGGGCCAGUGUUCUUCCUUUCCCAGCUCGAGGGGGCCAAUAUAUUAUAACUGACCGAUCGUUUGUGUGAAUCGUGUUUGCAUACGGAACAAUACGUGCCUGGGGCUCCUCAAGUCUCGUCGUUUGUCGAAAGGAAGCAUCAUCAGUCGCUCCCCACGUUCUUUCUCGUGGAAAGAAAAGGUGGCAGAAAGAGAGUACUAUGGGAGAUUUGAGAGCGCCAUAAAAGGCCCCCCGGCGGUAUGUCCGUGCGAGGUGCGCAUGUGCAGCACAGCGGUGUGAGAGCGGAGUGGUGGAUGCGUUGGGUGAUAUCUGUGAAAGGUUUUGCUACGUUGGAAUGACGCGUUUGUUUUAUAUUUACCCGGGUUAUGUUCUGUGGGAUGUUUUGCGUAUUGUUUGUCGGCGAGGCCCCAACACAAAGCGGGGGUGGGUGUACUCAUAGU